ACCAGAACCCUGAUUCUCUUGUCGCUAACAGCGUGUGUCGCUGUGACAUGGCGUCGGUACUGCGGGGGGCUCGCUUGCCCCAAAGGGCAUCUGAGAAGAGCUGGGUCUGCAUGCGCUGUGCUGCAUCAAUUACUACGGCCGCCUCUGGACUGCGACCAUCUAUUCAACAAGGUAGAUAUCCGCUCACUGAGAUUUAUAUCUCUAAACGGCACUUCAACCAGUCUAAAAAGACUCUCGCCAAGCCGAAGGAAGAAACAUUCUCAUCACGAAAGACAAUCCUCCUCGAUAGCGAGUCUCGAAUAUCUGGAGAUAUCAGACAAUACUUGCGUAAAUGGCAAGAGGACCACGCGAACACACUCGACCCAGUUCGAGGACCGGGGACGUCGAACGAAGGACUAGACUCGUCAAUGCCUUGGGUCGGAUCGAUGUUGAAUGAUAAUCGAGAAAUACAUGAUGCUGGGACCGAUGCUUUACGAGUAGCCGACGAGGACAUCUCCGAUUUUUCUCAAACUGCCGACGAGGGGGAUGGGAUACAUGCAUUUUUGGAGCCUGGCGAUCUAGUGGCUUUCCCAUAUGCGGAUGGAGGUCUCAGCUUUGCGAUUUAUAUUCAAUCUGUUCAAAAACAGCAUCAGUUCUACACCGACAGGGGGAAAUGGAGGAUUGGGUUCGAUAGAAGCCUCGAUUACGUGGUCAAGGGGUUUGCUUCCCCGGACUUAUUACAGCCUCUUUACCCUCAUAUUCCAGACCGCACUGCCAUGCUCGGUGAGGCUUUGCAGUCAAUCAUAGAAGGCGGAAUACCCAGACCUCUGGGUGCCCCCCUAUUGCGUCAGAUGGACCAAUUCUCCGAGAAGGCGAAGGAGUUUUAUCGGGCGAAUUCGACGCGCCUUGAUGACAUGCAUGCGCUAGUGGCCGAAAAUGAUGAUUGUGUUGAGUAUACUUUGGAAGAGCUAGCAGAAACGGUGCUCGCUAUUAAUAAAGACGAGCUGGAUGCUGUCUCUCUCUUCGCCGUGCAUAAAGCCUCCCGCCAAUUUCCUUUUCUCAUCGAGAACGAUCGCAGUUCAAUCUUCGCCAAUCACUACCUUGUUCAACCGAAAAGGAUUGCAAACCUCAUCAAAACCGUUCAUGGAUGGGUUCACGACCACCAGACACACAUCUUGGCUAAUCUAGGGCAACACAAGGUGGCAUUCAACCCGAACCCCUUGCAGAGUUUUAUUCAAAAAGCCCAGCGGCUCAUUCGAUUGAGUCGAAAAGUGAGAUCGCCGACGGUCAUGUCCAUGGUGGGCCCUUCAGGACAGAGAUUCACGCCGGAGGAUGGGAACGGCCUGGUCUACAAAAUGGUGGGAACGGAACCGUUCAAUUCCGAUGACCAGAAGAUCAUUGAAUAUCUUCAGCUAUUCUGCAUCCCUCCUCGUCGCAUGACUUCCGGCGCGCUACGCACAAUCGGAUGUCAUAUCAUGCGAGCAACGGGGAUGUAUGACAUGAUGGACGUGAGUUCAGCAUCUGCCCCCUUACUGCUUCAAGAGUUAGGUGUUUCUACCCCGUGGGAGAAUAUGCGGUUGCUGGACCAGAGCCUUGCUCUUCCAGGCCAUUCCAUCUCGGCUAGAGCAGACGCCCAAUGGAAGGAGGCAUUGGAUGCCAGUAAGCGACUGGAUGCUAGCCAACUUGAAGACCGAAUGUGUGAUGUGCGAACCGACUGGGGUGAUUUGCCGGUCUACUGUGUGGAUGAUGUAGACGCCCAGGAGAUUGACGACGGUGUCUCUCUGGAACCUGUUCCCGGGUCCGAUGACACUUUUUGGAUCCGGGUCCAUAUUGCUAAUCCAUCGGCUUUCAUCUCUCAUGAUACUUCGAUCAUGAAGUAUGCUGCGUCACGGUAUCAGACGGUUUAUGCCCCAGAACGUACAUACCCUAUGUUACCAGAUGGAAUGACACAGAAAUUUUUCAGUCUGUCCAGUGGCCGACCGACCCUCACCUUCAGCGCCAAGAUGAACCUGAGCGGAGACGUGUUGGAGACAGAUAUCCGAAACGGAACGAUCAGGAAUGUUAUCUACAUCACGCAUGACAAAUUACGCACUCUGUUCGAAUCCGAUGCCCGCCGGCAAGCUCGGGAGCUGACCGUGGGUGGAAAGUUCAUUCGACACUCCACGCGAAAAGGCAUCCAAGAAUCGAUGUCAUCAGACGACGAGGAAAGAUUCCACAUCCUACGAAAGCUCAUACUGGCCUUCCGCGAGUACAGAAAACAAAACGGUGCCAUGGAGUGGCCCUUGUCGGCUGAAAACUCUGUCCGCGUGAGCGCUGGAAAGGCGCCGAUGAAACCUUACAAUAUGAAGGUCCAUACGGGGCGCUACGUUCUAGGGGAUCCGGUGAUCCAAGUGACCAUGAGAGAUUUUGACCCUCAUGAAGUCCCCGACCUGAGCAAGCGCAAUCUUGUCGCACCACUCAUGAACCUAGCCUGCUGGGUUUCUGGGAAAUGGUGUGCGGAGCGCAAUAUUCCCGUCGUCUAUGAUGGCACCUGGUAUCACCCGGAAUAUCCCAAACUUACCAACAAGAACAUGUCGGAGUACGGAGGAGGUAGCUGGUUCGAUUACGCUGCACCCCGCGGCGUUUCAUCAACCACCCCGAUUCACCACACACCCUUAGGCCUCGACGCCUAUGUCAAAUCGACCAGCCCCCUCCGCCGCUACGUCGACUUAAUCGCCCACUACCAGAUCGAAGCGGCGCUACGGUUCGAACAGAAACAUGGCCGUCAGUUUGAUGCCUCCCAGGACGCCUCCGCCCUACCGUUUUCUAAAGAGGAUGUCGAAACGUACAUCGCCCGUUCGCGGUGGAAACACUCGCGGAUCCGCGCGGUCGACAAUGCCUCUAAACAAUUUUGGGCCUGCAUGUUCCUCUUCCGGGGCUUUUACUUUGGGGAAUGCACCCUUCCAGAGACAUUCCCCUGCUUGCUUCACAGACCCUAUUCCAACACCACUCUGAUAGGCACCGAGUACGGCUACGGCUACGCAGGAGUCAUCACCUCUCUCGGCGUCCGCUGCCACGUUGCCAUCCCCGAGAAGUUCCCAGCCGUCGACGUACUUAGCAUGGUCGAGGCCAAGAUCACCUCUGUGGAUUUCUCGCGCAUGCUGGUCACCAUGGAGGCCACGCAGGUGAUCAAGCAUUUCGAGCGGGUAGGCGAGUGGGCUUAAGCCAAUAGAUGUAUAACAUGUAAAUUCACAAAAUAGAAUUGUAAAUUAGAUCAAUAGAAAGCUAAUCACCAUUCUU